AUGACUCCCUCCGUCAGCCUGCUCCUCCUGCUCCUGCUCGGCCUCUCUCAGGCCUUCCCUCUCAUGGAGGAAGGAAGUGGAGCUGAUGUGGACAAAGAAGACAGCGCCGACAUCGGCACCAUGAUUCUGACCAUCAACAACGCCACCAAUGAGAUCCUGCUGGAGGGAGACCUUUUGGUUCCCAGACGCAGAAACGCCAUGAUGUGCUGGUCCCAGAACUGUCUGUGGAGGAAAGCCUCCAACGGCCUCGUGAUGAUCCCCUUCACCGUGAGCAGCGAGUUCAGCAGCUGGGAGAGGCAGCUGAUCGAUUACGCUAUGCAGACCUACCACAGCUACACCUGCCUCCGCUUCGUCCCCCGCCAGGACGAGUACGACUACAUCAGCAUCGAGAACCAUGCCGGCUGUUUCUCGGCUCUGGGCAGAGCGGGAGGCAGACAGGUGCUAUCUCUCAACAGGCAGGGCUGCCUCUACCACGGCAUCAUCCAGCACGAGAUCAACCACGCUUUGGGCUUCCAGCACGAGCAGACCAGGAGCGACCGCGACAGCUACGUCAGGAUCAACUGGGAGAACAUCGGGCCGCAGAUGGCCUACAACUUCUACAAGCAGAGCACCAACAACCUCAACACUCCCUACGACUACUCCUCCAUCAUGCACUAUGGAAGAACGGCCUUCUCCAUCCAGUAUGGCAAGGACUCCAUCACCCCUAUCCCCGACCCCAACGUCCACAUCGGCCAGAGGCAGGGCAUGUCCUACUGGGACAUCAUGAGGAUCAACAUGCUGUAUGAAUGCUAA